CAGUCAAACCACCUGGCAAAAGGGGCAGCCAAGAAUCAAAGUAGGACCAGAACAGCUCCUGCCUCAAACCUCACGUUACACAGCGAGCGAGAGGGAGAGAGAGCAGACACGGCGAAGAGGCUGAUGUGUGUUUAGUGAGUGCCCGGCGAAAGGCGGCGAGCGCUGUGAAGCCGGUGACAGCCUCCAACUGUGCGUUUGUGACCCUUGUAUCCAAAGAGGUUAAUUGAGAGAAGCAAGAGUUGAAACUUCUGUGGUUGAUCUCUUGGGCUGGAAAAGGUCAGUCCAACUGAAACCUGAGUGUUGUUUUCUUGCAGCUGCUUUUUUUCGCUUCUCUUCUCCUGUCAACCCCUUCACUCUGAGAUCUGCACUGGGACCAAACCAAGGUUUUAAAGGAUUGCUUUUGUGACUUACUGAAAUAGACUUCGGAAAGACUGAGAACAAAGUGACUUCGCCCGGUACAAUGUCGCGGAUCAAUUGGGUUCCUCGUUUAUCUCCGGAUCCCAGUGGAUGUUGGUUCACCUUCGGUCUCCGCAGGCUCAGCACAUUCAUCCUUCAGCUUCUAUUUCUCUCUCUGCUUGUGGACAGGCUGGCGAUCGCGUGGAGACCAUCGCAGGCCCGGCUCCGGCUCACCUUCACAGAGCUGAUGUCAAAUAAGAGGAUCAUCCCCCUCAGCUUCAGUGCCUCAGACUUGCAUUCCAUUAUCCUGGAUGAAGACAACCGAAGAUUGUAUGCAGCUGCGAAGGACUACCUCCUGACCUGCAAUCUGGACAACAUCUCAAAUAGAGUGAAGAAGUUACACUGGCCAGCUACUCCUGAGCGGAUAGAUGAAUGCAAAAUGGCUGGGAAGGACCCUAAUCUGGACUGCGCUAACUUCCUGAGGAUCCUUCACUUCUACAAUCAAACUCAUCUGUAUGUUUGUGGGACUGGAGCCUUCCAUCCACGCUGUGCGUACAUUGACACGUCCAUAUUCAACAGAGAGGAGCAGCUAAUGCUACACCACGAGCAGACAGAAUGUGGCAAAGGGAAGUGUCCAUAUGACCCUCAGCAGCGAAUAGCCUCAGCGAUGAUUGAAGGAGAGCUGUAUGCCGGGAUUUCCUCCGAUUUUAUGAGUCGGGAUGCGGCAUUCUUCCGCAGCCUGGGGCAUCGUCGUGUGAUCCGCACUGAGCAGUAUGACUCAACGUGGCUCCAAGACCCCAAGUUUGUGAAGGUCCACGCCAUCGCAGAGAGCAACAAUGAAGAGGACGACAAAGUGUAUUUAUUUUUCACUGAGCGUGCUCAAGAGGUGGACAGUGGCAAUGGGAAGGUGGUCUAUUCAAGAGUGGCUCGGGUUUGCAAGAAUGACAUCGGUGGUCAACGCAGUCUGGUCAACAAAUGGAGCACCUUCCUAAAAGCAAGGCUCAUAUGUUCUAUUCCAAGUUCUGAGGGAAUUCAAACCCACUUUGAUGAACUACAGGAUGUCUUCGUUCUCAAUGGGAAAGAUAAAAAGAAUCCAUUGAUCUAUGGAGUUUUCACAACAUCCAGUAAUAUCCUCAAUGGGUCAGCUGUCUGUGUUUACAAGAUGGCUGACAUUAUAAUGGCCUUCAAAGGGGAAUUUGCACACAAAGAGGGUCCUGACUACAAGUGGGUGACAUAUCCAGGACGUGUGCCCUAUCCUCGCCCUGGAACUUGCCCCAGCAGCACGUAUGGGAGUUACAGAUCAACCCGUGAAUACCCAGACGAGGCAAUUUUCUUCAUCCGCACCCACCCGCUCAUGCACGAUGCUGUCUAUCCUGUGAACCAACGGCCAGUGCUGGUACGGGUUGGCGUGGACUACAAGUUUACUCGUCUCGCUGUGGACCGAGUCGAGGCAGUGGACGGACAAUAUGAUGUGAUGUUUAUCGGAACUGACACAGGAGUAGUCCUGAAAUCUAUCUACACUCCUAAAGCAAACCAAGAGGUGGAAGAGAUCAUUCUAGAAGAGUUAGAGGUUUUCCAGGACAAAUCACCAAUCACUUCAAUGAAACUGUCCAGGAAACGGCAGUGGUUGUAUCUAGGUUCAAAGAGCGGCUUGGCCCAGGUCUCCUUGUACCAGUGUGAUUUGUACGGCAAAGGAUGUGCGGAAUGUUGCUUGGCAAGAGAUCCUUACUGCACCUGGAAUGGAAGCUCCUGCAGUACCUACUUACCCAGUGCACGCAGAAGACUCACUCGCCAGGUCACUCUGAAUGAAGACCCUCUGACCCAAUGCUUCAACCAGGGAGGGGCCAUGUAUACUUGGACUGAAGAAAAAGUGUUGUUUGUUGUUGAGGGGAACAGCACGUACUUGGAAUGCAUUCCGAAAUCUCGGCUUGCGACAAUCACAUGGUUCCUGGAGCCAACCGAAAAGAAUGGGCUGCUGCAGGAGGUUAGUUUUGGGGACCGGAUCAUUCCAAUUGAGCAAGGCUUGCUGAUUCGCCAAAUAGAUCAUCAGGAUGCUGGUGUCUAUCAUUGCCAAAUUGAGGACCAUGGUUUGCGCUGGACACUGACAAAAGUGCGACUCAAUGUGGUUACCGCUGACCUGCUGGCAAAUCUGUACGAAGGUGAUGGACGUUCAGCUGGCCCCAUGAAAGACCGGUCUCUUCUGGGCCCCAGUCACGGUGUUCAGCCCUGGUACAAGAACAUCAUGACCCUUAUCAAUUACCCAUCCAAGAUGGAUUUCUACUGUGAGCAGGUCUGGCAGAAAGACUUCAAGAAGAAACGGAACAAAUUACGUUCGGGCAAGAAGCACCGCAGUGUGGAGCCCAUCAGGAAAAGCAAACCAUCAGCAGGAGGCAGAAGGAACAAGAACAAACAGCACACCAAGUUACAGCGAUCACCUCGCAGUACCUAGCAGUGUUGGUUGACAGACAUUUGUCCAACGUAAAAUAAAAGAAGGCUCAACAAUUCCAAUGUUCUUUGGACUCUGAUAAGUUAAAGGCUUUGCUUGCAGCACCAUUUUUGACCUGGUUUUAGCUGAGGGUGGAUGUAUAGUUCUCCAUCUGUUCUUUUUCCUGCAACUGGGAGGGAUUUCCAAUCCACGUUUGAAAUGGAUUGACACAAGAUAGUUCCCAGCCGACUGUACUUUCUAAACAUAAAUAGUUUAUGUAAGGUCUUUAAAUAUCAUACAAGCUGGUCAUCUGCUCAUGGGUUUAAGGAUCUAAAGAGUUUAUUGGCAAUGAGGAAUACUACAGAACAUUUCUACUGCAUUAAAGGGAGCCAAUUCCAAUAGCUUUAAACCACAAUUCUAAAUAUUUAGCUGUUGUAAAAUUUGGGAAGUGACUAUUCAAAUGCAAACAGAGAAAGUGUCUUGACUAUGUCAAAAUCCAUACAAUGUAGGGGCCCUCUAACUCAAGACUAUUGUAGUGGAAGAAGUAAAGAAUGAAAACCCAAAUUUGGUGUUAAGUUUUUCCCCAUGAUUCACUGGAUUUAGUCAAUGGGAUGCAGACCCAUAUACUGUAUGUUCAAUUCUUAGUUUUCACUGAGUGAACAGAUCUCAAUGUGUGGUGAUGGUUGGAAGCAUUGUAACUGACCACAGGAAUGCAGGGUCGAGACUGGGUAAAAUUGACCUGAUAACUAUUCACUGCCCAAAGAUCCCCAGUUAGAAGUGGCAUAGAGUGAAUGUGAAAGUCAGGAUCAGGUUCAAUAAUAACGUCUCUGCCAUGUUAGUCAUGAAAGCUCACAAUGAAGACAGCAGCAGCAAAUUGUUGGUCCUAUGAUCUGUGGGCCUGUCUCCAAACAAGUAGUAAAGAGAAUUGUUGUAAUGAAAAAAACUAAAUGUUCCUCUAAAAAUAACCAGAAUCAGUUUGGCUAAUUCAGGGAUAAAAAUAAUUUCUUUUGCAUGCAAGAUAUUGAUAAUUACUGUUUAUUGACAUUCUUAAAAUAUUUAGACUGACUCAAUAGAAUCUACCAUCAGUCCAUUUGGAUUGUUUAUGGGAAAUAAUUUUCGAAACAGUACGAGGCUCCCUUCUAGUUGUUUAUAUUGGGGAGUUGUGGGGAUGCCUUUUUUGACUGAGCUCCAGGCAAGACGUUCAACCUGUCUCAUUACUUGCAAAGUCACCAGCAAUGUAUCUUAAUGUACUUUCCUGGGGUUUGUGCUUUAACUGCACUAGAUUUUGAGACACAGUCAUUAAAUCUGCUGGAGCCUAAAUUGAAGAAUUGUUCAAAAUCUUUGGUUGCUGAAUUACCUGAUUCAAUAUUAUAACCCACACCUCUCCCUGACCCCGCCGCACUAUUAAUUCCCAUCCUGAUUUUAUUGCAACACAAUACAAAAUGGUAUUGAUACAAAAACAAAGUAGCAUGGGUGCCAGAAAUCUGAAAUAAACCGGGAAAUGUUGGAAAUACUCAACAGGUCAGGCUGCAUUUGCAGAGAGACAAACACUUAGUGUUUCCAGUUAUGGUCUUAUCUUUCAUUGGAGUAGGUGACUUUCCAUUUGACCACCAUUUGUUAUUCACAGUUAUGAAUUUAGAAUGAAAUUCCUAUUGACAGAUUCCAGUGACUAGAAGCAGAGGCAUGGUUAGGCAUAAGAAAUGGGGGGUGGGGGGGGCCCUGAGGCUGUGGGAACUUGAGAAUGUGAAGCAAGGGAUGGAAUGCAUUGAAACAAGUUGGGACAGAGAGGGACAUAGCAUCUCCAUGAUUGUGUCUUUUGGGUGUUAGGGGCUAUAUAGACUCAGUUUGGAGCUGGGAUCAACUCCAAAUGACUGCAUGUGGAUGACAGAGUGUCCCGUAAGUCCAAGUUUGAACUUAUGGCACUGACAAAAAACAGGGGGCUGGGCUGUUUGAAGCUUUGACGACUUUUUUUAUUCAUUCAAUUUCAGAAGAAAUAGCAUUCUGGUAUUUUGAAGGAAUGACGGUAUUAUGCCCAGGUCAGAAAUGGAGUGUGGCUUGGAGGCAGUGGAAUUUGCUUAUACUUGCUAUCCUUUUCUUAUACUUGUACAUCCUACACCUCUCCCCUUAUUUCCCUGUACCCCUGAAACUUGUUCUCCCUCACACAUGCCAAUUAACUCCCUUUGAUUAUAUUUUCCAAUAAACUUACAUUAAGGAUAAUUUACGUGGUCAAUGAACAUAAAUCAAUGAAAACAAAUUCUGAACAUUGUCAGGAUUUGGGAGGAAUCUGGAGUACCUGGGGAAAACCCACACAGUCACCGGAAGAAUGUGCAAACUCUGCAAAGACUGCACCCGAGGUGAGGAUCAACCAGGAUCCCUGGGUCUGGGAGGCAGCAGCACUAAUUGCUGCAUUACUCUGGUCUCUCUAGUGAUGCAAGGCGUGGGAGCUGUCUUGACAUUCCAAUAAUGCUAAUUUCUCAGUUACUUUGCAACAAUUUUAAAAUACUCAGUUACAAUCUGGUUAGAAUUUCCAGUUAGUGAGAAUUAAACAACUCUAUGCAGGUCCUUAGCUUUCUACUUUUUGAAUUUGUGGCUUAAUCCAACCUGAUAAUGGUUACAGAAACAUUGUUAUAGUUUUCAGAUGUUAAUAGGUCUUAGGUCAGAGGCCAUUUAACUUAUGUAGUGAACAGCUUCAGCUUACUAUAUGACCUCAUUUACAAAGUGUAAAUGUAAAGCUAUUUAAGUCAUAUUACCUGGGUGGCAUUUCUGUGAAAAUUGUUAAGGAUGAGGGCUCAAAAGGUGUUGGCUGCCGGGUUCUGAAGGUAUUACGUGCUUUUGUUAGUAUUAUUUAAUUUUAUUUGUAUUUUUUUUCUGUACAUUUGUUUUUUUUUGCUUUGAGAUAUGUACAUAUUUAGUUUGUGUAUGACUUGUGUUAUUAAUAAUGGCGAUGUGUCUUGCAUCUCAGCUUUGAAAUAAAAUUGA